CCAAAGGAUCCUUCUCCUUUCCCAGCUCCUUCUCCAUCCAGCCUCCUGGGCCACCCCCUGAGCAGACCAAAGACGGGCAGAGCAGUUGCAAGGUGCGGCGAGGGAGAUGCGGCGCUGAGACUGAGGAGCGGGCUCGGCCCGGGCUCCGCUGCGGGGCCGGCGGGCGUGUCCUGAGCUCGAAGCGCUCUGGAUGAACGCGGCGGCGGCGAAGGUCGGCGGCGAGUUGGAAAGAACAUGAAUACCUCGGUUCUCGCCCCACUGGGAAAUAUUUCCGGUCACCCGAAUUUUUCGGAGAUGAACUCGCAGAUCUUGCAGUUUGAUGACGAAGAUUGCCAUGUGCCUUUGGCCAUGGUCUUCACUUUGGCCUUGGCUUAUGGGACGGUGAUAAUUCUGGGGGUCUCUGGGAAUCUGGCCUUGAUUGUCAUUAUUUUAAAGCAAAAGGAGAUGCGCAAUGUUACCAACAUCCUCAUUGUCAACCUGUCAUUUUCUGAUCUCCUAGUGACCAUCAUGUGUCUUCCCUUUACCUUCGUGUACACUUUAAUGGACCACUGGAUUUUUGGGGAGGCCAUGUGCAAGCUGAACCCUUUUGUGCAAUGUGCCUCCAUCACCGUCUCGGUCUUUUCUUUAGUCCUCAUUGCCAUUGAGCGCCAUCAGCUGAUCAUCAAUCCCCGCGGCUGGAGGCCCAACAACAGACAUGCCUACAUGGGGAUUGCUGCCAUAUGGAUUUUAGCCACAGCUUCCUCCUUGCCUUUCCUGAUCUACCACGUAUUGACAGAUGAGCCCUUCAGAAAUGUAACAUUUGAUGAAUAUAAGGACAAAUAUGUGUGCUUGGACCUGUUCCCCUGGGACACUGCCAGGCUUUCUUAUACCACAACGCUUUUGGUGAUUCAGUACUUUGGACCGCUUUGUUUUAUAUUUAUUUGCUACCUGAAGAUAUACAUACGGUUAAAAAAAAGGAACAACAUGAUGGACAAGAUGAGAGACAGUAAGUACAGAUCCUCUGAAACCAAAAGGAUCAACAUCAUGCUGAUAUCAAUAGUGGUCGCAUUUGCAGUUUGCUGGCUGCCUCUCACCAUCUUCAAUAUCGUGUUUGAUUGGAAUCAUGAAAUUCUGCCUGUUGCUACCUGCAGCCACAACCUGUUGUUCUUGAUUUGCCACCUCACUGCCAUGAUCUCCACCUGUGUGAAUCCCAUCUUCUACGGGUUUCUCAAUAAGAACUUCCAAAGGGACCUGCAGUUUUUUUUUCAUUUGUGUCACUUCCACUCCCGUGAGGAGGACUAUGAGACUAUAGCCAUGUCCACCAUGCACACUGAUGUUUCAAAAACCUCUUUAAGGCAGGCAAGCCCCAUCACAUUUAAAAAAAUAAAUAGUGAUGACGAUGAAAAAAUAUAAAGAAGUAAUAGAAAUUCUACAUCAAACUGCAAGAAGUGUGAUUGCAGGUGAAGUGUGUCCAAGGACAAGCACAAUUACAUAAUAAGAACAAAAAGAGUAAUGUUUUUCUUUCUUUUCCAAGGAACUUUGAUUGUUGUCACUUUGAAAUUAUGCGCUCUGAAUUUUGCCCCUUUUACAGCUUUAAUGUUCACAGAAGUUAUAUCUGAAUUUUAUUUUAAGACAUAGUCAGACCUGCUACUACCUAUGGUUUUCAUCAGCUGUUUUUGUUCUGUUUUCUUUGUACAGUUCUGUGCUUCAGCACAAAGGUUUACUUAUUGAUUUUUUUUCAAAGAAGUAGUUUUGAGGAGUGUCCAUUUAAGACCAUUAGAAACAAUAUGAACCACAGGGCACUGUCAUUACAGACAAUAUCCACCAAAGAAUAAAAUUAGGAAAUUCUGAUUUGAAGAGGACUUUUUUUUUUUUAAUGCAUCUUUGAUCAACAUUAAAAUCCUGUAAAAUCAGUGUAGGUUUGCAAAAAAAGAAUAAUGUGAAACCUAUAGAGUAUGUUUAAAUGGGGCAUACAGUUGUUUCAUUCAAAGAGGCAAUUUGGGCUGUAAUCACUUAGUUUCAAAGACAGGAUUAAGAAAGAAAUUCUGCUCUCAUUUACAAGAAUAAAACCCUGCAGUAAUUCCACAGAGCACAAUGGGAUAACUGAUGCUUCAGCACAGCAAAUGAAAACAUAAAUGGGGCUUCAGUCCCAAAUGAUUACAGCUGGUUUUAAUAACGCAGGCUUUUUAAUUUAAAAAAUCCAAAACCCAUUUUUAUCUGGCAUCAGUGAGAGGAGUUACUGUUACUGGGAUGAAAUGCACCAUCUGUUCCGAGCCUGUGAACCAUGUAAAUCCUCCUUGAGACCUAUGUCCAGAAUCUAGAGGGAGAUAGCACUGCUUGCUGUCUGGGCAAGGUGCAAUUCCAUCCUCACAGGUGACAGAGAAAUUUAGGUCUGCUAUUAAAAAAGUAAGAGAUUGAGCCACCUGAAUCUUUUCAUAGUAAUUAGUGUUGAUCUCUAUAAAUUAUGUACAGCCUCAUAAUACUUUGUGUUCAGGUGCAAUUGCAAAAACCUGGACAAUCUCCAAAGCCAAAGGAUGGUUUAAUCAAGACCUGCAAAAUUUAAAAGAAGGGUAUGAAUAUAGGUUGGGUAUAAUUGGUAUGUUUAGCUUCCAAACUCACAGUUGGUUGGAGCGUGGAAACAUUUGCCAAAUAUACGCAAUAGACCUCUGUUACUGCUUAAAAUAUAUAUCCUGUAAUUAAACUAAAUAUUCGUGGCUAGAUCCCAGUUGAGGGAAACCAUAUAACUGGACUGCUGUAAAUGAAAUUACAACAAUAUCAGCCAGCUGAGGUUCUGUGUCAUACAGUGUACUUUGCUAUGUUAUCAAUGUCUUUUUGAAUAAUUGGCUUUUAAAAAUACAAUAUAGACCCUACUUUCCUUCAGCAAGGUCAAUUUAAAUAAUUCUGGCAGACAAGAGGGUCUUUAAAAUGGAUAUAAAUGUAAAUGCAACAUAAAUGGAAAUCUGAUGUGAUAUAUUUCUAAGCAAAAAUAUCUCAGGAUGUUAUGGUGAAUUUCAUAUGUUCUAAAUUUGACAUAGAUAAAUGCCUAAGAAAUUAAAAUUAUUUGGGUUGCCAGUAUUUAAAAGUGAAACACUGUGCCUUGUGCUGUCUUAUAAAUAGUGUAGAAUAUUAAAGUAGCAAUGUGUUCUUGUGCAUUAUAAUUCCAUGUAUUUCUCUACUAGAAGAUAAUUUAAUUUAGAAAGAGUUUUCUGUGCUUGAGAACAGAGGCAGAAUGUAGAAAAUUAAUUAUAAGACAGAAGGUUCUUUCAGAGCUUUGGCCUUUUGUAUUUUAUGAGAUUUCCUUUUUUUCAUGCUUCUCCAUGGAAUGUGUUGUUAAUAACUUGACAGGGGUUUCCCGAAAUUAUUUCUCUCUCACAUUGCAACAAUUUUCAUAUUUCAAAGGGUGUGUAUUUUCACAAUGAGAUACAAUGUAC